UGCACAAGAUCAUGAAACUACAGAAACGACUCUACUACCUCAAAAAGGUUUCCGGAGAGUUUGUUCAGCACGGAGAAAAUCCAGUUUCUUCGCAGAUUGAGUAUUUGCAGCGCGAUCUGGAAAUGCUUUCGGGAAAUCUACCGAAAAUGGAGAACGCUCCGGAUUGUAAGCCAUCUUCCGUUCCGGGAUUCGAGUUCCCUCUGACCGAGCAGGAGGAAAUUGAACGCUUGGAGGCGGAUGUACGAAACGAUCCGUAUGUCCGGUGCCAAUAUGUGAACUAUCUUAUCAACAAAAAGCCAGCGCCGAUGAAUCUAAUACAGUUCCUACCACUGGUGUUUUCCGAUGAGGCCCUUAUUGCCUACAACUAUCAUGGUUCGCAUGCUUCCGGAAAAUCUAAGCAUUCGAUGAAGGCGUACACCAUUUUUUCGGAAUGCUUUUUGGAAGCCUUCGAAGGAGAAGGAUUGGAUAUGGAUACAUUGACUAAGCAGCUGGUAAUGGCCAUCAAACAGAGCCGGAACCGCAUGCGGCAACGUACAUUCCGAGCAAAGAAGACGCUACAACGAAUCAGCAGCGACAAGGGUUCUGAGUGAUUAGUGUGGAAUGGGAUGUUCUUGCUUUCUGAAUUUGAAUAAAGAUACGAAAAAGUGAA